GCCGCCAUCAGUGAAAGACAAAGUCAGAGUUUAUUGAAGGACAGUGAGAAGAUGAGUGAUCCAGAACCCUGCAGAAUUAAACAGGAAGAAACUGAAGAACUAAUAGAUGUGAUUGUGAAGGAGGAGAGUGAAGAGCUGAGUGAAGAUGAGGAGAAACAUGUCAAAACUGAGGGCAAAAAUCUGAAAAAUAGUGCAAAAACGAAAGUGCUGAAAAGAACAGAUGCAAAAGCGUUCACCUGCGCUCAGUGUGGAAAGAGUUUCAGCCGCAAACACAAUCUGGAGAUUCACAUGAGGAUCCACACCGGAGAGAAACCUUACAAGUGUUCAUUCUGCAAUAAGGGAUUCAGCCUGUUGGGAAACCUGAAAAUACAUGAGAGGAUUCACACUGGAGAGAAACCGUACAAGUGUUCACGGUGCGAAAGGGGAUUUGUUCAUUCAGGACACCUGAAAAAGCAUGAGCGGACUCACACUGGAGAUAAACCCUAUCACUGCACUGAUUGUGGAAAAGGUUUCACAGAUUUAUCAUCUCUACGUUCACACACACAAAACUUACAUGAUGUGAUGGUGAAGGAAGAGCGUGAAGAUGAGGAGAAACAUCAUGUCAAGUGUGAAGAAAACAUUGACUUUGUAAUGGUAACGGCAGCCAUAAAAAGCUUCUCCUGCACUCAGUGUGGAAAGAGUUUCGAGCGCAGACACGGUCUCAAGCGUCACAUGAGGAUCCACACCGGAGAGAAACCAUACCAGUGUUCACACUGCGAGAAGAGAUUCAGUCUAUUAGCACACCUGAAAUCACACGAGAGGACUCACUCUGGAGAGAAACCGUUCACAUGUGCUCAGUGCGGGAAGAGAUUCACACAUUUAUGUUCUCUGCGGAAGCACACUAAAACCUACCACAUCUUGAUUGUGAAUGAGGAGAGCGAAGAACUGAGUGAAGCCAAGACAAUCCUCAGUAGAGUUCAUAUAAAUUCAUGCUCUGUGUGCGGAAAGCAUUUUACACGACACUCGAAUUUAACAGCACAUCAGAAGAUCCACGCUGGUGUGAAAGUGUUUGAGUGCUUCGAGUGCGGGAAGAGUUUUAUCAGAGCUGGAGAAUUGAAACGGCACCAGAGGAUUCACACUGGAGAGAAACCGUUCACAUGUACUCGGUGUGGGAAGCGUUUCAAACUCUCGUCAAACCUUAAGAGACACAUGAAGAUCCACACCGGAGAGAAACCGCACAAGUGUGAUCAAUGCUGCAAAACGUUUUUAAGGGCUUCAGUGCUGAAGAGCCAUCUUAGACUUCAUUCAAAGGAGAGGCCUUGUUUGUUUUCUUUGUGUGGGGUUUAACACAUCAAUGAAAAACUACGUUCCUAAAAUGUCUGCUCUGAAGUCAGUAGUUUAAUGUGUAUUUUAAUGAAUCCCAAUCAUAUCUAAACAGGGCUCCCGUGCACAUUCAUUCGCAAUCAAGAUAAUUCACAUCUUUAAAUUACUACUACAUGCGUUUAAUUUUUCAGGAACACAGUGGAAUAUUCUGGACUUCUUUUUUAAGUGGCAUGUUGGCUCAGUGGGUAGUGCUGUCGCCUCACAGCAAGAAGGUCACUGUUUCGAGCCUCGGCUGGGUUAGUUGGCGUUUCUGUGUGGAGUUUGCAUGUUCUCCCUGCGUUCGCGUGGGUUUCCUCCGGGUGCUCCGGUUUCCCCCAAGUCCAAAGACUAGAGGUGAAUUGGGUAAGCUAAAAUUGUCCAUAGUGUGUAUGGAUGUUUCAGAGAGAUGGGUUGCGGCUGGAAGGGUAUCCGCUGUGUAAAAACAUAUGCUGGAUAAGUUGGUGGUUCAUUCCGCUGUGGUGACCCCUGAUAAAUAAAGGGACUAAGCUGAAAGAAUAUGAAUAAAUGAGGAAUAUGUGCUAAUGAU